AUGCCACGUGAAGCGUUCGGGCCCCACCUGGGAAGAGGCGCAGGCAGCGUGCCAGCGCUGCAGCAGAUCCUGAAGCGAGGUCGGCGGUCUUCAACCAAGAGCCCCGAGCGGUACGAGAAGCACGACCGCCUCGCCCUCCGGAUGAGCGAGCGCUCCGAGGGCCGGCCGUGCUGUCCCAGGGAUUGCGAGGCACACGUCGCGGCGUGCGUCCUGGGCGCGAAGGCCGUCAUCCGGCCGCCGCCGAUGUGUGGGAGGUCAUCUUCCUGUUCCUGUUAUCAGGAGGCGGAGGUGUGGCAAGGGCCGUCCGUGCUGAGGGCUUCAAAGCGGAUGAGUGGGAGAUCCGGCGAGCCUUUCGAUUCAACCAAGCCAAAAAACGUUAGUAGUAUAAGGCAGAUGUUACGCAAGUGUGAAGUGAUGGGCGCCUGUCUCGCUCCUCCUUGUGCCAGCUUCUCUAUCGCCAGAGACCGCGCGCUCAUGAUUCGUGGCGGGUGGGAUCCGUAG